UCUACGCUUGUGUGAUGCCAGAACAUCUUCUCCAUAGUUCGCUAGAAGUGAGCAGUCAUUCCCCACGUGCCGUCUUGCAAAGUUCCGCUUAGAUGUUAAACCUUCAAUGAGCAGUCUAGCUGUGAAAACUUCUACAACAAUAUGUAUCUACAAUGUGCCAUCUGUCGAGAAGCCUACUUCCUUAGUGCAUCCGCAAGGAGCCGUCACCAGCAAAUGUGUUUGGCGUUGAACGACUACUUCACAUCAGCAGUAGCGAGCAACAAUGACAACAGACGAGAGACACACGAGGCAGCAAUUCAGACACCUCCACAGCAAAUUAAAGCAGUACCCAGUGGCAGUGGCUUGAAAAGAAAACUACCACCUCCAAAGGUGACUAAGCGUCCUGUGACUAGUGUAUUGUCAAGUCCAUCAUCACAUACAAGUUCAACAACAAGGCUGACGUGGUAUUUAAAAAAAGGUCUUCAAUCAGCCAAAGACUAUGUUAUAGAAAAUAAUGAAAACCUCUACAAGGACCUACCGCCAUUUAUUGAAGCUGCUAACGAAGUGGUGCUCGAUAUACUACAAGAUGAGCUGCGUGUCACCAAAUCCCUCAAGUACAACGUCGUACUGGAGGCCGUCUACUGCCAUCCUGAAGGACAUUGCGAACUUAUGAACUUCAAGACCACGUCGAGGCUUAUACACAGCGCCUGUGAUGAGCUACAAGAGCUGCUGAAGAAGGACGCCAGCAAACUGCUUCGUGAGGAGUCUGAAGCGCAGGCGAAAGGCAGUGGAUAG